AUGGGUUCGCAAGUUGAUAACCACGUCCUUAUUGAUGCUCUGGCACACUUCAGUGUGACUGAGGUUCUUCGGUCACGGGACCUCUAUGCCAGCUUUGAGCAAUUUUUCUUGCAGGGGCCGAAAAGAGAUAGUUUAGAGCUGUUGUUCUCGCUCACUUCGGCUUUCGCCUCCAUUGCUGGUCAAAAGUUACUCAAUAAUUCCACUUCUUCAUCGACUCUUCUUCGACCAACUCUUUCAAAUCCAGCCCUUCAACUAUCUCCAAAACCUGCUCUUCAAUCACCCCCAAAACCCGCUCUUUCAAAACCCACCCUUCAACCACCUCCUCCAAAGUCCGCUGUUAAACAAAGUUUUCGGAAGCCUAAAGAUGCCUCUUUUUCUUUCGCUUCAGCCAGCCCGGAAUACUCGCAGCGCGACGUUACGAAGGUUGCUAAAGCUUACUUUUGGGAUAAAUUUGGAAAUAGUAAGCCAGCACGAAUCAUCGAUCUUUUGGUGGAAGUUUCCUCGCAUUUGAUUGAGAGUCAGCCCCUUGAUGAAGGCUCAUAUAAAAAAUUGUGGGAACAAGCAGGUGCAACAUUCUCAAAAUCCAGCACAUCUCGAAUUGUCUGCCUAGAGAAUGGCCGGAGAAAUUUAAAAAGGGAAAGCAAAAUGCAGAGCCUUAAAAGCCGAUUGGCACUUCUGUUUGUCCGCAUUGAAAUUGAAGAAGGCACACUGGCAGCGUCAACUAAUCAAUGUCGGCAAGGUGUGUCGAAAGCAACUAUUGCCAUUAAUAAGUAUGCCCGGGAAGCAAAAGUAACGGUUGACUACGUCAAAAAGACCACCGGUGCUGCUCGUAACUAUGCUCAACUUCUUGCUAAAGUUGGACCAGGGGCGUUGAUAUGUUUGGAUCCUCGGUGCUCUAGAAUCUGGGAAAAGCAUCUUGUUCAAGGAGAUAUUGAUCUUUUGCUAAAAUUUGUGAAAGAAAAUUAUCCUUCUCGGAUAGACAUAUUUCACAAACAUGACUUACUUGGUGUACAGCUGAUACUUGAUGGGCUACGUAGUUAUGGUUGGCAGGACGAUGAGCUCAGGGGGUGUAGUGGCAAAGUUAUUACCGACAUCCUAAUUUAUCAGGAAAAGAGCGAGAAGAAAUAUAGCGCCCCAAGCGUAUCUGAUCCGACAGGGGAUGGGCACCCAACCGAAUCCGUCGCUGGUCCGGUAUCUGUAUACCCCGAGCGAAACAGCCUAGUAGAGGUCGAGUCAGACGGCCGCAUCAUCAAACCGCGCAAGAGACAAGCAAUUGUACAGACGAGACACCCGCAGCCUCAAUGUUCUGGGAAAGGAGGCUCUAGAAGCUUCAAUGUCAAUACCAGAAGCAUUACUGAGGUUGUCGGGCCUACUCAGCAUAUUGGAUGUGAACUCGCCCGUGGAGAACCAGAUGCAACUGGGAGUGAAAUGUUCAUCGAUGCGCCCAUGAGUUCACAGCACGCAAGCACUCAGUCAAGCCAGGUACCUGCUACUGAUAACAACAGGUCGAUCACACCAAGCCAAGCAUCUGUUGGUGUGGACGGCUCAGUUCAUACCAAUUUCAGUCACAAUGCGAGCCUUCUGCAAGCCACAAGAGAGUCUCCAAUUUCCCAAUUAAACCGAGAUUCUGAUGAGGCGGAUGGCCAUCACGAACAAUACAUAAUUACGCCAUCUGGGGUGGAGGGAUCAGGCUCUGUGAGCAGUCAGACGAGUAGUGCUGAAAUGCUUAGUACUGUACUUGGGGUCAUCAACAGACUUGAACGCGCCAACGGGCACUGCUGCGAACCAGUUGAUGUCCCGCAUACAAAUACCGGCCAAACCAACAGCUACUCCGAUGAAGGCCUCCGGGCUCUGGUAGCUGCCACAACAAUCAUCCCUCCUAUAGGUGACAGCAUUCAUGUCGGUGGUGGUGCUACAAAGCGGCCUUAUACAGGAGAUGAUUCUCAAGAAAACUUGAGACGAAGAAGGCUGGGUGAAAAUGAGAGCUCUCUUGCCCAGACUGCUGCCUCAGUUUCCGUUGGUGUGGAUGACUCAGCAGCAAUCUUGAAUGGCAGCUCAACAAGAAAUGAGAGCCAGCAAUCGGGCAUGCAGUCAUUUAUAGAACCCAAUUCUCCAGCAAACGCACCACAUUUCCUGCCCCAUCCUUCCACGAGCCCCAACAAUCUCGUGCAAAUUGGUGACUCGACCUGGGGGAAUGAUGUAGGCCAUGGAAUUCAAAUUCCAAAUUUCAAUGGUGGGCAGCACAAUGUUGAAAAAUCUCCGCUGAACAAUCCUGCUCCUGGGUCACGAAUUGCGCGCUUGACUACAAGAAUCUUCACUGAAACUCAGGUAUCCAGUGGCGAAGGCAAUGCGCAAGGCAGCGACGGUACUGGCUCUCUUGGAACCAGCGAGCCAACAGAGAGACACAGACUACGAAUUGCCUCCACCAGAUCGGGCUCUUUGACCGCCGCUUGGCCGACCAAUAACACGAUUGCAAGCUUGGGCAAUUCCAGCAUGCAGGCUCAAAACCGCGGAAGAAAAGAAGGACCAAAUCUUUCAGCGAUUGAAUCUUUUCUCCCGCCUACUCCAGUACUCGCGGAUAAUGCUGGGCUGAAUGGACGUACUGCCCUGACGGUCCCAGUGAAUGAUUGGACACGUAUUGAGAUAUCAAAUCCGAAUAGUGAUCCACAGGGAAGCCCCAAUGCUGGAACAUGCUCAACAAAUUUACUGAACCAGGGUGAACCAUUUAAUGUCAACAUGACAAAUGCGUUGCCGUCGAUAGCUUUAGCUGUGAAUGAUAGGACUGGACACCCCGUCCACGUUUCUUAUUACGCUGAGAAAACUGCACUGCCUAGUUUCACAGAUUCUUUUGCUCAGGCAGCGCAUGCUAUGGGCAAUGGAAAACACAAUGGCAAUUCCACAUUUACAGAUCGCCAGAAGGUUACGGGAAAUAUGUCGCCUGACGCAUCGAUAUAUGCCCAAGAGAUGCAAUGCUCUUUAGAAAUACCAAGAACAGAUAUGUACGCACAAUCCCCGGGUGCUGGGAUCGCAGGCGACGCGUCCCUUUACACGCAAGAAAUGUGGCCAUCUUAUUUACCAACUAUUGGUAACCCUGGAGAGGCAUCGCGUUAUACCCAGGAAAUGGAGCGGGAUACCACUCAGUAA